UCUCAUUCUUCUGUUCUCAACACACUCUUUUUCUCUCUCUCUCUCUCCCCAGGGAAAAGGGACACUAGUCAGGAGUCACAACCGUUGUAAGUGUUUCGGCCCCUUUUCCCUUGCAAAAACCCUAAUUUCUACGUAUUUAUCUCUUCCAUUUCAGUGAAAAAUGAAGCUCCGUUCUUUCCGUCCUUCGUCUUCGAUCAAAGGAGAAGGAAACUACCAAUAUCAGGAUAGCUCUGAUGAGGAUAGCUCAUCAAAAAAAGAGGAUAAUGAGGAUGGUUUUCUUCCUAUGUCUUCGGAUUCAGAUUACAUCGGAAGCAGUGACGAAGACGAAGAUAUAUUUAAUUUGUUGAGGGUAGCCCAAACUAAUGGAGUUCUUGAUAAUGAUUUCAGCGAGGAAGUUUUGUCCAAUAUAAUAAAAAGAAGGAAAGUGGGAUCCUCUAGAAAGAGGGGCAGUAAGAAUAUCAAAUCAAACGAAGAGCAGGUAGAAGAGGAGCAUGUAGAUAGGAUGAUGAAUGAAGUAGGAUGUGGGGUUGAAGUAGAUAGUGGCUACCGUCUAUUGAUGGGGAGGAUAGAGGAUAGGAAGAAGAACCGCGACAAGAAUAAAAAGAAGAGACCCACUUUGAUGUGGGAGAUCUGGGAAGAAGAGAAUGAUCGGUGGAUGGCUGAAAACUAUACAAAUGAUUUAGACUUGGAUUGUCAGAACGGGUUGGUGAAUGAUACUGCUGAGACACCAUCUGAUUUGCUUAUGCCGUUGCUGAGGUACCAGAAAGAGUGGUUGGCUUGGGCAUUGAAGCAAGAAGAAUCUACUGCUAGAGGCGGUAUUCUUGCCGAUGAGAUGGGGAUGGGAAAGACUGUUCAAGCCAUAGCUCUUGUGCUUGCUAAACGCGAAUUAGGGCAAGCAAUUUCUGAAUCCAGUUUACUGUCAUCUGCCCCUUGUACUUCCCAGGAGCUCCCAGCAGUGAAAGGAACUCUUGUUAUAUGUCCUGUUGUUGCUGUGAUUCAGUGGGUCAGUGAGAUUGACCGCUUUACCACUAAAGGAAGCAACAAAAUUCUUGUUUAUCAUGGUGCAAACAGGGAGAAAAAUAUCCACAAAUUCGCAGAAUAUGAUUUUGUUAUCACCACAUACUCCACAGUGGAGGCUGAGUAUAGGAAAAAUGUGAUGCCACCAAAAGAAAAAUGCCAGUGGUGUGGAAAAUCUUUUUAUGAACAAAAGUUGUCUGUUCACCAGAGAUACUUCUGUGGACCAGAUGCUGUUAGAACUGCUAAGCAAUUAAAGCAGGAGAGGAAGAAGUCAAAACCUGGAGGAAAGACGUCAAAGCUGAAAAAAGAAUCUAUUAAAGGCAAGGCUAAGACAGACAGUGAUUCAGAGAUUGAGACAGGUAGUAAAAGAGGUCGUGGGAAGGGUGUGAAGCGCAAGAUCAAGACAGAUGCCAGUUCUAUUGAUGAUGCAGCCGGUGUUGAUCAAGAUAUGAUCACGAGGAAGUCAAUUUUGCACUCUGUAAAAUGGAACCGUAUCAUUUUGGAUGAGGCCCAUUAUGUGAAAGAUAGACGCUGCAAUACUACAAGAGCUAUUUUUGCGUUAGAAUCUUCUUAUAAGUGGGCGUUAAGUGGUACUCCCCUCCAGAACCGUGUAGGAGAGUUGUACUCGCUUGUUCGUUUCCUGCAAAUGAUUCCUUACUCGUACUACUUCUGCAAAGAUUGUGAUUGCAGAGUGUUGGACUAUAGCCCAACCGACUGCCCACAUUGCCCCCACAAAUCUGUUCGGCACUUUUGUUGGUGGAAUAAAUAUAUUGCCUCACCCAUACAAUCUCAAGGGAAUCGUGGGACUGGAAGAGAUGCGAUGGUUUUGUUGAAACACAAAAUUUUGAAAAGCAUAUUGCUAAGACGUACUAAAAAGGGAAGGGCUGCUGAUCUUGCGCUUCCUCCCAGGAUUGUUACCUUGCGCAAAGAUUCUUUGGAUGUUAAAGAAGAAGACUACUACACAUCACUGUACAAUGAAAGCCAGGCACAAUUUAAUACAUACAUUCAAGCUGGUACUCUGAUGAAUAACUAUGCUCACAUUUUUGAUCUACUCACACGGCUGCGACAGGCAGUUGAUCAUCCUUACCUUGUGGUAUACUCUAGUACUGCUUUGGCUAGAAGUGGAAACACUGAUGAUUCUGGCUAUGUUGAACAACCAUGUGGUUUAUGUCAUGAUCCAGUAGAAGAUCCAGUUGUUGCUUCUUGCACACAUGUCUUUUGCAAGUCAUGUCUGAUAGAUUUUUCUGCAACUGUGGGGCAAGUGUCAUGCCCUUCAUGUUCUAAACCACUUGCAGUGGAUUUCACUGCAAAUGACAAGGGGGAUCAGAAAACUAAACCGACUGUCAAAGGGUUUAGGUCAUCAAGUAUACUGAACAGAAUUCGUCUUAAUGAUUUCCAGACAAGCACAAAAAUAGAUGCUUUGAGAGAAGAAAUAAGGUUCAUGGUUGAAAGAGAUGGUUCUGCAAAAGCAAUAGUUUUCAGCCAAUUCACAUCGUUUUUGGAUCUGAUACACUAUUCUCUACAGAAGUCGGGUAUCAGUUGUGUUCAAUUAGUUGGAUCCAUGUCUAUAACUGCAAGAGAUUCUGCAAUUACAAGAUUUACCGAGGAUCCAGAUUGCAGGAUAUUCCUUAUGAGCUUAAAAGCUGGAGGUGUUGCCCUCAAUCUUACAGUGGCAUCGCAUGUUUUCUUGAUGGAUCCUUGGUGGAAUCCUGCUGUGGAGCAGCAAGCCCAAGAUAGAAUCCAUCGAAUAGGGCAGUAUAAACCAAUCAGGAUUGUGAGAUUUGUGAUUGAGAAUACAAUUGAGGAGAGGAUCUUAAAGUUGCAAGAGAAAAAGGAACUGGUUUUUGAAGGGACGGUCGGUGGCUCUUCGGAGGCCUUGGGAAAACUAACAGAGGCAGACUUGAAAUUCUUGUUCGUAACCUAAUUAGAUUAUGUUCCGUUACUUGGUUCAGUGAAAAAGCUCAUUUGUUCUUGUUUCGUUUCUUGCUCGAAUCUUGUACCUACUGUUCUAGCUUUUGCAAGUAGGAAAGGCAAUACUGCUUUUGAUGUAUCCAGAGGGAACUGUUGUCGGGUUUGCAUCUCCUUGAUUUUGUCAUCUGCCGGAACUGUAAUAUGUUCAUACCAAUUUCAGAAGACCUUUUUGGGCAAUGCUGCACUCUCUUUUCAGAUUAACGAA